AGAAAGCGUAUCUGGUGUUAUUGAGUGCACGGCAGCAGUGAUACGGUUCCGCAGAUCGUGCAGCAGCCGGAAACCAUAUUGAACACUUGGUCAGGAGCAUUCUGAAGAUGGUUGAAACAUCGCCGUUCAAGAUCUACUUGCAGAGGACGGAUGGAUCGAACGAGAUCCGCCGAUUCUGCAUCGAAAAGAAUGCGUUCAUCAAUGACGAGUUCGGAUUUCACCAGGUCCACGACAAAAUCGAGAACAUUUUCCCCUCUCUGCGCGACCAGAGCUUCACGAUCUAUUGGAUCGAUGAAGAGGAAGAUAAAAUCGCUGUGAAUUGUGACGAAGAGUACUAUUCAGCAAUUACUUCAAUCAAAAAACGCCAGUCGGAAGAUAUGCCUGUGAAACUGUACGUUACAAUGGAUGAAAUUCAACCUGAGGUUUCAGAGGUGACCACUAGCGUGGAAGGGGAGGGAACUCCUGCUAAGGUCAGCCGUAAUGCGUCAGAAGAGUUGAAACCCAUGGAUUCAGAUCCUAGUGUUGUCAAUAACGAAGACGAUACAACGAUCGGCGAGGAAGCGAUUCAAGGCGAGGGUGCAGGCCUCGACAAUCCUCGGCCCUCGGGUUCGCUUGCCUCGGGCCCGCUUGCCUCGGACUCGCUUGCCUCGGGCCCACUUGCCUCGGACUCGCUUGCCUCGGGCCCACUUGCUUUGGACUCACUUGCUUCGGGCUCACUUGCCUCGGGCUCGCUUGCCUCUGGCACACAUGCCUCGGGCCCGCUUGCCACCGGCCCACUUGCCUCGGGCCCACUUGCCUCGGGCACACUUGCCUCGGGCCCGGUUGCCUCGAGCUCGCUUCAAGGCCUUGUCUGCCACUCAUGCUACGACUCGCUUGACGGUCGCCCUUUGUUUAAGUGUGGCACAUGUGCCAACAUGCAAAUGUGUGCCGAUUGCGUCAGCAGCAAGAGCCACGAACACGUCAUGUUAUGGAUCCCAUCAUUGCAGGCGCUGUCGUCCAGCGGUAUCUUCGUAGAGCGGCUAAAGAAGCAGGCUCGUCGUCAAACUGUGACUAGCCGAUCCCCCGCCUCAGCACUGAUAAUGCCACUGGUUGACAACUUUAACUUGUCGCUCUUCCGGGGACUACGGACGAGGAUGACGGGGCAGACUGCGAUAUCAUGUGACCGCAUCAUCAAUCGUAAGAUGGGGAAUGCUGUUGCAGGGCUGACUGCGACAAACUGUGACCUCACCUUCAAACACAAUAUGAGGCUCGCUGUCAAGGUAGAGAAUGCAACAGCCUGUCACCGCCCUGUCAGUUGCAUUAUGCCGACAGCAUGUAACCAUACCGUCACUAGCAAGGAGUCCGCUGUGCCAAUGGAUGCAGCUAAAGGAAAAGAAGACGAGAAGGAGAGGGAGAAGAUGAUGAAGAAGCAAGAAAAGGAAGCUAAGAAGAAGGAGAGAAUGUUGCUGAAGAAGCAGAAGAAGCGUGAGGAGAAGAAGCAGUGCAAGGAGGUGAUGAAAUUGCUUAAAAAUGUUCCACACCCUGCCUUCAGGUCAACCUAUACCACUGAUGCAGUAGAUGAUCCAACAAAUGCUUUGAUGGCUGACCUCAACAUUCCUCUUGAUAAGAAACAUUACUUUCCUGAUAACAAGAUCAAGUCUGAGGGAAGCCAACCGCAAGAAGAGGCUGAGCAGCGCGAAGUUGUACCCGAGUGGGACAAAAUAGUUUUUGGACAAAAAAUAGAAGGAUCCCAAAUUGAACCCGAUGUCAUUGCUAGUUUGGAGAAAAUACUUUUUGGAAAGAAAGAGGCCGGUAAAAAUGCCGGUGCUGUCAAAGUGGCCAACAACAAUUCGGAAGCUGCCAAAGUGGCCGACGACAAUUUGGACACUGUCAAAGUAGCCGAUGAUAAUUUGAACGCUACCAAAGUGGCCGAAAACAAUUCCGGCGCAGUCAAAGUGGCAAGCAACAAAAAUUCGCUCACUACCAAAGUGGCCGAUGACAAUCUAGACGCUGCCAAUAUUGCUGACAUUUUAUGCGCCCUCAAAGUGGCCGACAACAAUUCGGAUGCCGCCAAAGUGGCUUCUCUUCUGACCGACAAAUUGUCCACAACUGUGGCUCAAACCCAGUUUGAAGGCAACACAAUCCCCUUGAAUGUCGUGCCAGAGAAGAUGGUGGAGAAGGAGGAGGUAGUCACCUGCUCUUCAUUGCCUGACGAGCACGACUGGGCAAUUGUAGAUCCGAUCCCAACUGAAGAGAUUCCAAAAUAGACGUCUGUGUACCCGCACCCCAGCUAAAUUCCCCACGUGGAGCAACCUUUGAAACCGCCCGUUCACUGCAGAUCAAGAUGGCACACUUUUCACAGAAGACAGUUUUUUUUUUAUAAAAAAUGGCAGAAUGCAUUCAUAUUGUUUUUUAUUUUGUAUAGCAUAAUUUUUUCUUAUUCACAUAGUUAAAAUUUGUAGCCAAUUUUUUAUUUUAGAUUUAACUAUCCUGAGUAUUAAUUUGUUUUGACAAUUGGUGGAGGUUCAUUGUUUGGAAGUAAGUCAAUGUUUUGAAUUGUCAUUUUUGUUCUUUCUAACUAUUGUUAAAGAUGUUUUAUUCAUUUAACUCAAUUAUUCAUCAUUAAACAUAAAUUAUUACUAGCCGA